CCAAAACAAGCGAGACAAUGGCUGACCCAACAGCUAUUAUAGCUAGCUGGUUCACACCCUCUUCCCUUUUUAUUAUCGUAAACCUCGUCAUCGGAACCAUAGCAAUCACUUCUCGCUUUGGUGCACCCAAAAGGGAAAUCCACGACCACGAACCCCAACUCGUUCGCUCACCCUCCCUGUUAGAACGAGUCAGGUCCUUUAGUCUCGGUCACUAUAACCAUCACGAACCAACAUUUGCUGCAGAACCCGAGUUCACUCAGCCCCAACAACUCGUUCGAACACCCUCCCUGUUAGAGCGAGUCAGGUCCUUCAAUUUCUCCUUCAACAAAUACGAACCAACACACGCAGAAACAGAGUAUGCCCCAACCCACCAACCCGAAUCCGAAAACCCGUGCCCGAACCCGGACAACCCGCAACUGGUUCGAACUCCCUCUCUCUUGCAGCGGCUUCGGUCCAUGAGCUUCUCGCGUCGAGAGCAAGAACCCGAAAGUGAGGGUCCGGAUCCAAAACCGGGUCGUGAUUCGGGUAAUGCGGAGAUGAGGAAAUCGGCGAGCGAGAGGGCGGGGUCAAUGAAGUGUGAGCGGGAGGAGGAUGAAGAAGCGGUGGAGCGGCGGAGGCCGGCGACGGCGAGAGGUGAGACGACGUCGUUAAGAGAAGACGAAGAGGUAGACGCGAAAGCUGAUGAUUUUAUAAACAGGUUUAAGAAGCAACUGAGGUUACAGAGGGUUGAUUCUCUUCUCCGUUACAGAGAUAUGCUCAGAGGAAAUUGAGAAGAGAAGAAGUCAUCACUGUUCAUGGAAGGUGAAUAAGGAAAAGCACAGAACAGAUCGUCAGUGCGUGUGUGUAUGUGUGUCUCUUCGUAGUUAGGUGAUGUUAUUAUUGUACCAAACCAGAAAAAAAACUGGUUAAGUUUGUUGUAUUAGUGCUUGAAAAAUAACAAUAGAUGCAUGGAUUAAUUGGUUUUGU